CCAAAGUGACAAUAUUAUUCAUUUUUUAUUUAUUUUUUGCAUUUUAUUAUUAUUAUUCUUAUUUUGGGUUUUGACUUGAGAGAGAGAAACCUUGUGCUCUGCCUCCCUUCUACUGUCAUUUUCCGAUAUAUACUCUCCAGAAAAGAGAUACAGCCACCACCCAACUCUCUCUCUCUUUCUCUUUUCUUUUCCUUUCCUUUCCUUUCCAUGACUUUCUUUCUUUUUUUUUAAAAAAAUUAUUUAUUUUUUUCUUUUUUGUUUCUUCUUCCACUGCUGCUAAAUUAACAAACCCACACAUCUUUACUAACUUGGUUUUCUUUUUUUCUCUCGUGAGCAUGUCUGUUUGUUCCAUAAGAUAUUAUUUUCUUUUUUUUUUUUUUUCCCUCUCUAUCUUUCUCUCCCUUUUGAGUUUCUUUUUUUUUUUUUUUUUUUCCUCUCUCCCUCUAUCCUUCUUCUCUAACCCCAUAUAUACCAACUUGUAUGCUCUUUCCAUAGCUUUCUAAAUAUUCCUUUGCUUCAAACAAACCCCAAAUUCACUCAACUCAAAAAAAGAAAGAAAAAAAAAAAACCCACUUAUAAUUUUCUUUCUUUUAAUUUGUUUGGCAAAGAAUCCCUAGAAAAAUAGAGAAAAAAAAAAUGCCCUUGGAAGGGAAUUUCAUUGAACCAUCUUCAACACCACUUCCUGAUCUUUCACUCCACAUUAGUCUUCCACCUAAUUCAUGUUCUUCCUCCACAAAAAUCUGUAACAACAACUCCAUUAACAACACACCUCCAGAUAAUACACCAACAACAACAGCAACAGCAACAAGAAGCAGCUGUUUCGAUCUUCCGAGCCGAAGAAGAGAACAAACCAAUAAUUAUUCUUCAUCAAGAACUGAUUCUCAAGCACAUGUUGAGCUUUCUUUAGGAAGAAGCUUCGCCGACAUCGGAGCCGAAGAAGAAUCGUCAAGAAAUCGAUAUCAACUACAACAACAAUAUCAUCAUCACAUAAAUCGAGUUGGCGGCCUUUCGGUUAUGGAUGUUUCAUCAUCAGAAGCGGCUGCUUUGAGACCGAUCAAAGGGAUUCCAGUGUAUCACAACCGUUCAUUUCCCUUCUUGCCUAGUAGUGCUACUAUUACGGACAGUACAAGAGACAAAGAUCCCAAGAUGUGUUUCUACCAAUUUCCUUCUUAUCCUUCUACUUGCUCUUCUUCUUCUUCACCUAAUUAUUUGGAUCCCAUGUCGAUUUUGAACUCGACGGCGGGCCCGAAUGGGUCUUCGUCAACGAUGGCCGCAGCGGCUGCUUACCACCGUUUAUCAGCAGGUGCAAGAUUUAAUGGAGAUUCUUUCAAAUCUCAUCAGCAAUUGCACCAUAGUCAUCACCACCACCACCAUAACCAGUUUGGAGUCGGAGUCGGCGUCGGAGUUGGAAUCGGUCCGUCUGAGGGUUCUCAAGGAAUGAUGAGAGCUAGAUUUAUGCCGAAGCUCCCAACAAAGAGAAGUAUGAGAGCACCAAGAAUGAGAUGGACUAGUACUCUCCAUGCUCGAUUUGUUCAUGCUGUUGAGCUUCUUGGUGGCCAUGAAAGAGCUACUCCAAAAUCAGUUCUUGAGCUCAUGGAUGUUAAAGAUCUAACACUAGCUCAUGUCAAAAGCCAUUUACAGAUGUAUCGAACUGUUAAGACCACUGACAAACCUGCAGCUUCUUCAGGGCUAUCUGAUGGAUCUGGAGAAGAAGAUGUAUCACCAAUGGGUAGUGGGAGUGAUCAUCGUGGUGUACGUAGUCAAUUUUUGGAGCAAAGAGGACCGUCCGAUCUGUCUACUACUUCUCAACAGGAUAUUGACUACCAAUCCACUACUCUGUGGAGUAAUUCUUCAAGUGGUAGAGAAGCCUGGCCGCAGACUAACUCUAGGGAUGUCGAUGGACUAAAACCAGCAUCCCCUCAACCACAGCAAAGAUCUGGCCACAAAUUUCAGGAAUGCGAUUCAACUCGAUUGAAGACCUACUUGGGGAUAAAUUUUGAAGGCAAAAACCCAAGCUUGGAGUUCACCUUAGGCAGACCAGGAUGGCAGGGCAAAGAACUUGACUAAUUCUAGAUCUCAUCUUUUUAUUUUUCUUUUUUCCCCCUUUCUCAGGUUUGUCUUUUUUUUUUUUAAUUAUUAUUUUAUAAUUUACAUUCCUUGCCUGGUUUCAUUUUGUCAUGGUGAUAAGAAGAGUUAUAGAUUAAUAGAAGGGUAUGCUUUUUUGUGAGAGGAAAGCCAUAGUUUGUGGCUAAGCCCAAGUGAAGUCUUAAUUCGAAGAGACACGCACAGCUAUUUUUGGGUUGUUUUUUACUUGCUAAAGCUAGCUACAGGUGUUUGUUGUGAUUGUAGACUUUGGAAAAUUGGAAAAAGAAAAAGAAAUUGAUGAAAAGGGGAGGAGAUUUUUACAUAUAUAAUAAUAUAUGGUGUUGAAUUCCCCUCCAACUUUUUAAGACUGUUCCUGUAUGCUUCAUCAUGAAGGGUUUUUUUCCCUUCAUUACGUGGUGUUUGCUUCACCACGUAACCAAUCUUUUGUUUCUUUUCUUUUUUCUUUCAUUAAUAUAUACUUUUCAAUUUGAACUAUCAGAAAGAAGACCGUCUAGAAGGAAAAUAGCCUACGGAAACACAAUUUAUUUAUUAUUAUUAUUAUUAUUUC